ACAACAGCAGUAACUGCAACCACAGAAACAGGACUUGGUCCCUGAGAACUCCUCCACGAGUACGUCUGGGCACUGAUGCCCAACACCUGCCCCACCAUGGGGUUCGCAUCCACAACAGCUUUGGUUCUCAUGGUUUUGGCUUUUGGGGCUUCAGCCUCUCAGGGAGGACCCAAGCCUGAACAGAGAGAGGGCAUUCCAGAGCAUUUCCUUUUUAGCCAAGAAGUUGGCUAUGCAGCACCCCCUGCCCCUUCCAGGUCCCAAAAAUCCAUCCUUAAAGACCCCCUCACAUCCCAGGAUUUCUUUGAGGGACAGGAAGCAGUAGAUUACCUCUUUGAAGACUUUCCCCUGCAGCAGGCACAGAGCCCUCAGAAACUCCCUCUGGAAAAGAAAGAGCCCAUUCCUAAGGAAGCCAUACCUCUUCAAGAGGAGGUACAGCCCGCCCAGCCUUUACCUGUAGAGCAGAAAGAAGUGGAGUCUCCUUUCCACCCUCCAAAGGAUGAUCGGUUUUCCAAACAGGAGCAGAAAGAAAUGGAUCCUUUUCGGCCUGAAGGGCACCCCAGUGCCCAAAGGGAAGAAAUGCCAACUCCCCAGAUGAUCAAUGAACAUCCUGGGCCAGAGUCCUCACAUCCCAACCAGCCCCGUCACUGCCAGCAAGAUCCCCGCAACGGAGGAUGGAGCCAUCGACUAGAUGGCUUCCCCCCCGGGCGCCCUUCCCCACACAACAUAAACCAGAUCUGCUCCCCUGACCGCAAGCAUGUGGUAUAUGGUCCUUGGAACCUGCCUCAGACUGGUUAUUCCCACCUCAGCCGCCAGGGUCAUGCCCUCAACUUUCUGGAGACAGGAUAUACCCGAUGCUGUCGCCUCAAAACAAACCGACUGGAUUGUGCGACUGCCGUGUGGGCAGAUACCCUGUUUCGGUUCUGUGAGGCUGAAUUCUCAGUCAAGACCAGGGCCUACUCAUGCUGUUGGCUUCAGGGAGAGGCCCGCCUCUCCUGCUUCCAAGAGGGUGCCCCCCUGCCAGAAUACCAGCCUCUCCAUGGGCCCUGCCCCACUCCCACCCCCAGGCCUUCCUCUGGCCUGGAGUUGUCCUUCCCCCCGGGACUCCCCACACGGGGCAAUGUUAGGAACAUCUGCCGUCUACGGCGAUUCCGAUCUAUUCCCCGAGGACUCCCAGCAAUGGAUGACAUCCAGCGGCAGCUCCGGGCCCUGACGCAGUUGGAGGGCAAAUUCAGGCACUGCUGCCACCAAGGAGACAACCACACCUGUGCCCGGCAGGCAUGGGAGGAUGUUCUGGAUGAUUACUGUGAUGAGGAGAUGGCAGUUAAGACCCAUCAUCACGUGUGCUGCCACCAGUCCCCCAUGUCAGCCCGUGAUACCUGCUUCGCUCGCCAUGCUCCCUACCCCAACUAUGACCGUGACGUCUUGACCAUUGACCUUGGCCGGAUUACUCCCAAUACCAUGAACCAGCUCUGUGGACACCGAAAAGUGCUCACCAAGUAUAAACAGAUUCCUGGGCUUAUCCGGAACCUGACAGCCCGAUGCUGCGAGCUGCCAGCACUAGAACAAGGGUUCUGCGCAGAGGAGGAGAAAUUAGCCUUCAUUGAAGAUCUUUGCGGCUCCCGACGAGACUCAUGGAGGGAUAUUGAAUACUGUUGUGAUGAGACCCCUGGGGAUGGACAGACCAGCUGCUUCAAUGCCCACUACCUGAGGAAUGUGGCUUUGGUGGCUGGAGUGGCCCAGAAACCCAAGGACCAGCAAGGAACAGGGGCAACUGAAUUACUUCCUGCCAGCCCCACCCCAGAGCACAAAGGAGAAUGAACCACACCUGGCUAAACUUUAGCCAGAACCCAAAAGGGGAAAGAAACCCCUACUCCCCUACAAACUGUCUUUCUAAUAAAUACACUGGUCUUGGAUUCGG